AGCUAAUUCCGUCGACAGCACAUAAAGAGUAAUCAGCCCCUCCAAACAUUCUUAUUGGACCUUUUAGUCGAGUUUUGCUAUUUGCUACCGAUUGUUUUCGAAUUUUCUCUUUCACAUCCAUACAUCAAAUUAAUUCAGCAUCAACAUGUUCUUAAGAGUCUUCAGAGUCGCUGCCCAACAAGGAGCCAAGAACUUCUCAACAUCACAUCAAAACAAUGUCAAAGUAGCUGUUUGCGGUGCAUCAGGUGGCAUUGGACAGCCCUUAUCAUUGUUAUUGAAGCAAAGUCCUUUGAUCACUGAAUUGUCUUUGUAUGAUAUUGUACACACACCCGGAGUUGCCGCUGAUUUGUCACACAUUGACACUAGAAGCAAAGUUGUUGGAUUUAAUGGACCUGAAAAUUUGGAAAAGGCUUUACAAGGUGCUGAUGUUGUUAUUAUUCCUGCUGGAGUUCCACGUAAGCCAGGCAUGACUCGUGAUGACUUAUUCAACACAAAUGCAUCAAUCGUUCGCGAUUUAGCUAAUGCAUGUGGAAAAGCCUGCCCAAAAGCCUUAAUCGGUAUCAUCUCAAAUCCAGUUAACUCGACAGUUCCAAUUGCAAGCGAAGCUCUUGCUAAACUUGGAGUUUUAGAUCCAAAGAGAAUCUUCGGUGUCUCAACACUCGAUGUUGUUCGUGCUAAUGCUUUUAUUGGUGAAGCCGCUGGUGUUGAACCAUCUAAAGUCAAUAUUCCAGUUAUUGGUGGACAUUCAGGUGUUACAAUCAUGCCAUUGUUCUCACAAUGCACACCAUCAGUAAGCUUUUCAGCAGACAAAAUUAAGGCUCUCACAGAACGUAUCCAAGAAGCUGGAACUGAGGUUGUAAAGGCAAAGGCUGGUGCUGGAUCAGCAACACUCUCAAUGGCUUAUGCUGGAGCUCGUUUCGCAAUUUCUCUUAUUCGUGCAUUACAAGGCGAACAAAAUGUCAUUGAAUGUGCUUAUGUUCGUUCAGACAUCACCGAAGCAAAAUAUUUCUCAACACCACUUUUACUUGGAAAGAAUGGAAUUGAAAAGAAUUUGGGUAUGGGAUCAUUGAAUGCAUUCGAACAGGAACUUUUGUCAAAGGCUAUUCCUGAAUUGAAGAAGAACAUCCAAGUUGGUGAAGAAUUCAUCAAUAAGAAGUAAAUUUCUUACUGAAUAGCAAGUAACACAAACAAUUGAACUGCUGAUAAUUAUAAAUAAUAUUAUUUAUGUCCACAAAAGACUCCCUUCUGUUCUUCGAUUCCUUAAACAAAAAUUUACUUUAAUUUGUUGAAUUUAUUUGAAAUUAAUUAUCUGUUCUUAGAUAAGGUUACUAGGGAAAUUUACUUAAAAAACAUGCAAUUUAUUCGAAUCGGGAUACUAUUGAUGUAACGACACACGAUUUAUUUCCUGUUCGGAAGUUUAAUAAAAAUGUUAAAUUCUGAA